AUGAAAAGCAAUGUAGGCGUCUCCUCGGCUGCGGUGGCCGGGAUAGAGCCCCGCGUAGUCUUCUUGAACGACAGCGGCGCCAAUCAGCAGCUCAUCACUUUCAAGCAGUACGCGCGGAAUGUCAUGGUUACGUCCAAAUAUACAGCAGUGAGCUUCGUGCCUAAGACCAUAUUCGAGUUCUUCCGUGUCGUGGCCAACGUCUACUUCCUCCUCAUCGCGGUGUUACAGCUGGCGACGCCCUGGUCCCCGACGAAUCGGUUCACAACGGCAGGUCCGCUAUUAUUUGUUCUUCUAGUAACGAUGGUGAAACAGGGAAGCGAGGACUAUAAGCGCCAUCAAGCAGACGAAAAGCAGAAUAACCGUUCCUGUCGAAUUAUCAAUACUGCAGGACAGACGGAGAUGAUAGCGUGGCAGGAUUUACAGGUCGGACAGCUCGUGUGUGUGGAAAAUCAUGAGGAAUUACCAGCAGACGUGGUGAUUCUCGCUACCUCUGAAGAGGAAGGAAGGUGCUUUAUCGAGACUUCGAACUUAGAUGGAGAAACAAAUCUCAAGCGUCGAAUAGCUGUCAAACUCACUGCACAGCUCGUUGGGUGGCGAGAGCUGCAAGGAGCUCCUAUCUCUCAAGAAUCCGUGUGUGCUGCAGCAGUACGGAGGCUGCGUGGGUCAGUCGAGCACGAACAGCCGAACAACCAGCUCUACACCUUCACAGGGCGCUUGAUACUACGCGAAGGUGAUCGAGGUGAGACAGCAGUGCCUUUGGGGCCAGAAAAUCUGCUUUUACGCGGCUGUAGCCUUCGAAGUUGCGCGUUUGUGGUUGGUCUUGUGAUUUUUACAGGAAGCGAGACCAAAUUAUUGCAAAAUUCUCGUGCAGCGCCCUCGAAGCAGAGUAAAUUGUAUCGCACAGCGAACCGCUGCAUGUUGUUGAUCUUCACUACAAUGUUUGGUCUCUGCUUGGCCAGUGCGAUAGCUGCGGCAUCCUGGAGCAAGAACAGCGCGAGUCGAUUAUGGUAUCUACCAUUUAUUAAAGAAGCGGAUCAAGUGGACGACUUUAUCGUGAAUUUCUUCACUUUUCUUAUCCUGUAUAACAACCUCGUACCCAUCUCGCUAUACGUGUCGCUGGACAUCAUUAAAGUACUACAAGCGAACCGAAUCACUGGAGACGAAGAUAUGGUAUACGACGGUGUUCAUGCCGUGGCGAGGACGUCAGAACUUAAUGAAGAAUUGGGUCAAGUCGAGUAUGUCUUUAGUGACAAAACGGGUACUCUAACCUGUAACGUUAUGGAGUUUCGUAAAUGCUCUAUCGGUGGGAUAUCGUAUGGUUUUGGAACUACCGAGAUCGGUCGAGCUGUGGCUGCUCUGGCGAGUUUAGAUGCAGCAACAGCCUCGAAACCAACCGCUUCUCCUGCUAAAACCAAGGUGAAUCCGCUUGUCAACGCUCCAAGUGGUGUACGGCUGGAUAUUGACGCUACUGACGAUGUUCGGGAUAGCGUAUCCUCAGCAUCGCCUGUUUAUCCCGUGACGAAAAUUGUAGAAGGUGAUCCGAAAGAAGCGCAAGUUCACUUUGAUCCCAACAUUCAUUUUGAUGAUCCAGGAUUGUUACGAGCUUUGUACGCCGGUGGGAAACAAGGAGAACUUAUUCACGAAUUUCUGACCUUAUUGUCAAUUUGUCAUACGGUAAUUCCCGAGACGGACUCUAAGACGAGGGAAGUUGUGUAUCGUGCAUCAUCACCUGAUGAAGAAGCAUUAGUGAAGGCUGCCAAAUGUCUUGGAUAUAAUUUUAAAUCUCCAGCUCCCUUGAUGAAGGUCGAGAUCUCCCGUAAAGCCUCUUUACUCCCUAACUCUAACUGCAACUCUAACAGGAUACUGGAACCAGUCACUAAGUCCUAUACGAUUGUGAACGUCAACGAGUUCAACUCAACUCGUAAGCGGAUGUCCGUCGUGGCGAUCAACGAGGAGACUCGAGAGUAUGUUUUGUACUGCAAAGGCGCCGACAACAUGAUGCUGGAGCGCGCUGCAACAGGGAAAAAUGAUAGUGAUACUGCUAUUCACGGGAAGCUUAUUGGACAUUUACGUAAUUACGCUCGGGAAGGACUGCGCACGCUUGUUCUCGGUCGUCGAGUGCUUACAGCAGAAGAAUACAGACACUACAAUGAAGCAUACGUGGCUGCGUCAACAGCACUCGAAGACCGUGAAACAAAACUGGACGCGUGUGCCGAGAUGAUCGAGAAAAAUAUGCAACUUCUAGGUGUAACUGCAAUCGAGGAUAAGCUACAAGAGGGAGUUCCCUCGGCUAUCUUCGACCUUGCUCAAGCUGGAAUUAAAGUCUGGGUUCUAACGGGAGAUCGAGAAGAGACUGCAAUUAAUAUUGGCCACGCUUGUCGACUAAUUAACGACAAGAUGCAGUUGUUAUACGUUAAUGCCGAGCGACUGGAAGCGUUGAGUGCACAACUGGACGCGCUCCACGAGACUCCCGAGAUUCAGCGGCUUAUUCGAGGGAAUACGGUCGCUGAUAACCUCGCAAUGGUGUGUGAUGGUAAAGCUCUCGUUCACAUUUUCCCGUCACGCGACGCUAGAGCUAAAAUGUCGACACAAACAAUUGAACGUGUUGAAGUUCUGACUCACAAGCUCUUGGAUAUCGCUAAGGUAUGUAAAGCUCUUAUAGCUUGUCGGGUGAGCCCAUCACAAAAGGCAGAGAUAGUGCAACUUGUACGUAAGGGUGGACGCCAAGGCCUUGAAAAGAAAGGAGAACAACCGAUCACUUUAGCGAUAGGAGACGGCGCGAACGAUGUGAGUAUGAUCCAAACAGCUCACGUUGGAGUAGGAAUAUGUGGGAAAGAAGGUGUGCAAGCUGUAAACGCCAGCGACUACGCAAUCGCUCAGUUUCCGUUCCUAACACGACUGGUUUUACUACACGGACGAUGUAACUAUAAGCGCAUCUGCAAGGUGAUCCGCUACUCGUUCUACAAAAACAUCGCGUUGGUGAUCAGUCUAUUCGUAUUCAAUUUUUACAAUGGCCAAUCCGGCGCUCCACUAUUCGAGAGCUUCGUGAUGGCCGGCUGGAAUUUUUUCUUAGCACUUCCGAUUAUUGUAAUUGGUGUCUUUGAUCAAGAUAUUUCGGAAGAUGUGGUGUUAAGGUUCCCGCAACUUUAUCGUCGUGGUCAGUACGACAGUGACUUGAAUAUGCGCGUUUUUGCCAAGACGAUCCUGAACUCCGUAGGCCACGCGCUGAUCUGUUUCUUCGGAUGUUACGCUGGUAAUCAACGCACAAACUACGGGUUAUACGUGAUUGGUACGCUGUUCUACACAAUUCUACUGGGCACUAUGAACCUCAAGGUGUCGCUGCUAGCGUUGAACUGGAACAAGUACCACCUCGCAGUCAUGGUCUUCAGCACUUGGCUAUUUAUCUUCUUCUUGCUGGUGUAUCCUCAGUUCACGUUCAUGAGCUAUGACAUGUUCGGUGUACCCAUGUUCAUGAUCGGACUGCAACGGUACUGGACGUUGCUUCUCCUAUGUCCCGUAGCAGCCAUGCUCAUCGACUUUACAGCCACUGCAGCUCAGCAGCAAUUCCGACCGCGUGCCGAGGAUAUUUUACGCGAAAGAUUUCGCUCUAGUAAGUCCAAGCGGGUCAGCGAUGUCGUCGCUCCGAUGAUACCGAACAGCUCUCCUUCCGUCGACAAGCUUUUUGUAGCCGAGCAGUCUGCUGAUGAGGAUAACAGGAGUGAUAUUAAAGAAAACAAACCCAACACGUUCGUCGUGACAGCUCAGCCGCCGUCUCCACACCGACGAAGCAGCAGCACCAACAAUCUCGUCAAGUUGGACUCGUUCAAGGGAGCUCUACCGCAGCCACAAGCUCGUACGUUUAGAUCUCUGAUUUAG